AUGGAGAGCAAAAUAGACAUCGCUUUAACAGGAACUUACAGAAAAGAGAAAAAACUUGAAGAGAAACAGAAACAGGAUGAAAGAAGAAGGAAAAAUGAAGAAUGCUUUCAAGAAUGGCUGAAAAAAGUCAAUGAAAAACAAUGUGCUUCUCCUAGACAAGGUACAGUGAGUGAGUAUCCCGCACCAUCUUAUUGUAAUCCAGCACCGUGGAUUGGCCCACUAGCAGACAAAGACACCAAGGAAUCAGUACGUCGCCAGCACAAAAUGAUGAUAGCAGAAAAACAUGCAACAAUUCGACAAAGACCAAAAACUGCGAACCAAAAAAGAAAAGGGCUCGUAAAAACUGGUCCAGAAAAGGGCAAAGGAGUGUUGAUUUGUAGACCUGCUACAGCAGCACCCUUGUUUUAUAACGUGCUAAUUAGGAACCCCCAAAACUUUGUGCCUGAACCUAAGAGAGGCAGUUUUAGAGGAAGAUCGUAACAUCUCGAUUCUUAGUGUGUGAGAUUAGUUGAUAUUUUAUGAUGAAAUAAUAAUAUAUAGACUUGUAGAAUGUAAUUUAAACCAAAGUGAUCGACAUAGCAGCGCUUGGGCCGAUGUUUGCUGUUAUAUUAAGAGGAAAACGUGAUUUGGAUAUUCAAAUAUAACUUGUGGCUCAUGUUUGGAAUUCACGGGAUUUGUAUAAGUUGUCUUGUAGAGUCUAAAAUCUGGCAUGGGCAAACUACGGCCCACGGGCCAAAACCGGCACGUUGGGUACUUAAUCUGGCCCGCCCGAUGCUGCCACAACCAAGGUAAAACCGAAUUUGGAUGUUUCAGCUAAAAAAUUGAUCAAGGAAUUGAUUGAGAUUGCGAUUUAAUUUAGUUUUAGCACGUGGCUUAUUGUUUUCGACUUUUCCUUUUAUAACACUGUAAAUAUUAUUUAUAAAAUGUAACUUUUUACGUCAUACUUGCAUGGCCGCCAGUCUGGAUGGGCAAAAUUUUUGGCUGUGGUCCAAAUACUUUUCCAACCUUUGGUCUAAAUCAAGGUAUAAGAAGCAUCCGAUACAUACUCUCUUCUAUAUCAGUGAAUUAUCUAUAUUUCAAAAGCCCGGCUGCAAUUUCCGAAAGAAAACCCUUUGAUAUUGGAGAUGGAGAAUCUAAGACGAAUUUAUUUUAGGCAAAAUCAUUUUGAAUCUGAUGUUAUAUCGAUAAGACAGGGCUCUCAAAAUAAAUUUACCCAGGGCCA